CGAGUCCCUCCCUCCCUCCUCUUUUUUGAACCUUCAGCAAAGCAGAGGAGAGAGUGAGCCGCGCGCACUGCGGAGCUUAUUGCUCCAUUGCCCCUCAAGUUUUGCUGCUGCAGUUCUGCAGCGCGGACUGCUUCGCCUGAUUACUCGGAAGCAAGCCCUGUUGAGUCCAACGGGGCUUCCUGCAGCCUUGCAGUCUCCUGGCUUAAAAAGUUUUGGGUGCAAUCCUAAACCACGCCUAUACUCUAAAGUAAGCCCCGUUGAAUUCAGUGAGGCUUACUCCCAGGUAAGUGGGGUUAAGAAUUGCAGCCAUAGGCUAGAGCAUCUCUACGCCCAGUGCCCAGCACUUCGGAUGUUAGAGUCCAGGCAGCCCCGUUCCCUCCUGGAAGCAGCAGCGCUAUUUCUCCCCAGGAGAGCAACGCGUUCUCCCCUCUCCUUAAAAAAAACCUGCCUCGAUUGCUAGCAAAAGAAGGGAAACAAUUUGUCUAUUCGUGUACAUUUUGGUGCAUUGUCAGCUGCAAUCUCUUUAAAUAAUAAUAAUAAUAUUAUUAUUUAUAAUAUUAUUAUUUAUAAUAAUAAUAUUAUUAUUAUUACUCUGGGGGGCUUCCAACAAAACACUAAAAUACAAUAGCCUAUUAAACAUUAAAAGCUUCCCUAAACAGGGCUGCCUUUAGAUGUCUUCUCAAAGUUUGGUAGUUAUUUUUCUCUUUGACAUCUGGUGGGCGGGUGUUCCACAGGGCAGGCGCCACUACCGAGAAGGCCCUCUGCCUGUUUCCUUGUAACUUUAAUGCCAAGAGGAGCAGGUUUUGAAAACUGCAAGGGGUCAACUUGAAAUCUAGUCCUUGAGAGAAGACUUUUGGGAUGCAUUUGCAUUUAAAUCCUUUAUUCCCUUUCCUCAGUAGUUCCUAAUCCUAAACACACCUGAUUGGAAGUAAGCCCCACUAAAUUGAAUGGGGCUUACAGAAUUGCAAACUGGGCAGAGGAGGCAUUUGUUUACUCUGGAGAAAAGACAGAGCAUCGUUCUAUUUAUAUGAUUCUGAUCCUGCCCCUUCCUUCAAUGACCUCACAUGCAUUCACAACAACCCUGCGAGAGACUGAAAGAUGGUCAUUUAUGCAACAUCCUAACUUGAGUGGGGAUUUGAACUCAGAACUCACUAGCCCAAGAGUUCUGUCAGCCUCCUAUUUCUCUCCUCAUUCUGCCACGUGUGUUCCCCUCGGGCUGACAUUUUAAAACAUAUGUUCCGGUGUGCUGUGGCUUCCUUGGAGCGUCUUGCUAUGGAGAGAGUACGUUGGGCCUUUUCCUAUGGCACCUGGGUCCCUCGCCGUGAGGAUUGGUUGCUGUCCAUGUGUGUCGUACAGCCUGAAGAGAGAGAGCGCAUCGAACAGUUUGUCUUCCGUCGCGAUGCCAAGGCUGCAGUGGUAUAUACAUAUAUUUAUGCUCUUAUUUUAAGAUAUACUUUGCUGAGAUAAAUAUCUCUCAUCUCCUAGUUGUUAUUUUAGCAUAAAGAUGGUGUUUCUAGACAAAGACUUUUGCAAGUGAGAGAUGCAUUGAACCAAUAGAGUCUGCCCAGUCUCCUAUGCUGAUAACUGCUAUAAUAAUAAUAAUAAUUUAUUAUUUAUACCCCACCCAUCUGGCUGAGUUUCCCCAGCCACUCUGGGUGGCUUCCAAUUAAGUUUUAAAAACAAUACAGCAUUAAAUAUUAAAAACUUCCCUAAAUAGGGCUGCCUUCAGAUGUCUUUUAAAGAUAAGAUAGCUGCUUAUUUACUUCACAUCUGAAGGGAGGGCAUUCCACAGGGCGGGUGCCACUACCGAGAAGGCCCUCUGUCUGGUUCCCUGUAACCUCACUUCUCGCAAUGAGGGAACCGCCAGAAGGCCCUUGGUGCUGGAUCUCAGCGCCAAACUGCACAUCAGCAAAGCGUUGGCUCCAGGGUUUGGGGCGUUGGGGCCUUCAUUGAGUUUCCUUAAAUGGAUGAUUCUUUUAGCCUGCUUUUGAUCUUCAAUACUUGCAAAAUGAAAAUGACUGGGUGGUGGGUCCUCUCUUGCCUAUUGCCACUCUCUAGAGCAGGGGUUGGGAACUGUUUUCAGCCCCAAGGCCAACAUUCCCUUAUAGGCAGCUUUCUGGGGGCCGAAAUCAGUGGUGGUCAGGGCCAGAAGCAGAUGCUGGCAGAGCAAAGAAUGCUUAAUUUUGCCUUCACACAUAAAAGAGAUCAUGGAAUCAUAGUUGGAAGGGACCAUCUAGUCCAAGCCCUUGCAACGCAGGAAUCUUUUGCCCAACGUGGGGCUGGAACCCACAACUCUGAGAUGGAGUCUCAUGCUCUACAGACUGAGCUAUCCAGUUUGCUAGUUUCUACAAAAACUGAAACACUCCUCUCUGUAUCCUCCAUCCAGACAAGCAGGAGCGAAUAUCAGAGUUCAAGGACGCAUUCCAGCCUGGCAAAAAUACUCAAGGAGGGUACGAAGUAAGCCCAGUGAGGGCUUUGGCCUGGGGAAAGGGGUUUGGCCUGGAGAGCAUUCUGAGGGCCAGAUAGAUCCCUGGAGGGCCACAUUCAGCCCUUAAAUUUAAGUUUCUCUAGCCCUGUCCCAGUGGCCAACCCCCACUUGGCUAUAUCAAAAGGAUGCAGAAGAGACUAACCAUCUCUUUCCAUCAUCAUUCUUAUUUUUUAAAUUAAAUUUGGUGGUCGAUUUAUCUUGCCCGGGGGCAGCACAAAGUGACUUACAACCCACCGACCAAACAGACGGGCAAACCCUCCCACAAAGGUAUAUUAAAAUCAAGAGGAAAUAGAAAUACAUUAAAACCCCCCACCCACUUUUUCCUUUCUCCUCCUGUGAUGAGGCUGCAUUUUAAUAUUUUAUUUUUUCAAUAUUUUAAUGUUGUAUUUUAAUCUUGUUUUCAAGUUGUAUUCAUUCAACUUGUUUUUAUUAUUGCUUGUUAGCCGCCCUGAGCCCGGCCUUGGCUGGGGAGGGCAGGGUAUAAAUAAAAAUUAUUAUUAUUAUUAAUUAAAGGCCAAAGGCCUGGUUACAAGGGUAAUUUUUUGCGUAGAGAUAUAUAAUGAUGGCUCCAGGGGAGCCUCAUCUUGGUUGGGACCAGCUGUCAUUUAGCUCCUCUCCUCCCAGAACUGCCCCUACAAUGGUCUCCUGGUCGUUUUAUAACUUUAUUAUGUAACGGAAUAAAAGAGUUGAAAGGAGGAGGAGACGACAUAGAUGCCAGGCUCUUCAGUGGCAUCCAUGCAUGCCCUGUAAAGUCUAGUUCCAGCCGACGUUUUAAAAUAAAUGAAAUGUAAAUCGGCUUGAGUCACUGCAGAACUGUGUGGUUUGAUCCAUUCUAAUCAGCUCUGUAGGCAGAUGUGAAAAUGGGAUUUCUGUUUGCUGCUUAUAUUAUCUCCUGUGCUAUAGGUGGUGCUGGUGCUCAGCGGAGAAUAUAUGAGUGCAAUCUUUCUAAUACUUUUUUUAAAUCAUAAAAAUAGCCCUGGGAGGGGUGUGUGGAGUGCAAACCCACUGCUAAAUCAUAGAGAGCAAUGCCUAUGAGUUCCUCAUUAAAUGCAUCAUUUGAAAAUGUAAUAAAAGUGAACCAUUUCCUGACAAACUAAGGACCAGCCAUUGGUUUCUCCUGCUCAUGUGUAUAGACAGUAAGUUCCAUCAUUGCUACCGUUCUAUUUCAGUGUAUUAAUUAGAGCAGCUUUCCCAACCUGGUUCCCUCCAGAUAUUUCCAUCAUUCCCUGUCAGCAUGGCUGUGGGAGUUGCAGUCCGAAGCAUAUGGGGGCUGGGUUGGAGGGUUUAGGAUGGAUGAGAGAGACAUGGGUUUAAGCCAAGCCUACCUCUCAGGGUUGCUGUGAGUAUAAAGUAGGACAGCCCCUGUUUCCGUCUGUCUUGCAGGAAGAGUGGAAUACACACACACACACACACAGUGGUACCUCGGGUUAGAAACGCUUCAGGUUACAAACUCCGCUAACCCAGAAAUAUUACCUCGGGUUAAGACCUUUGCUUCAGGAUAAGAACAGAAAUCGUGUGGCGGCGGGAGGCCCCAUUAGCUAAAGUGGUGCUUCAGGUUAAGAACGGACCUCCAGGGUUUCUGUUCUUAUCCUAAAGCAAAGUUCUUAACCCGAGGUAAUAUUUCUGGGUUAGUGGAAUCUGUAACCUGAAGCGUCUGUAACCUGAGGUACCACUGUGUGUGGGGGGGUGUGGGGGUGUGUGUGUAUAUGUAUAUAUAUAUAUAUAUAUAUAUAUAUAUAUAUCUGUAUGUAUAAAUACCCCUCAAAUGUAUAUGUGUGUGUGUGCAUUAUUAUUCUGUUCUGUUCUAUUCUAUUCUAUAUUCUAUUAUUAUAUUAUAAAGUAGCUGUAAUAUUUGGCCCAACUUGUAGUAGUAGUAGUAAUAAAAUUUUAUUUAUAUCCCGCCCUCCCCAGCCGAAGCCGGGCUCAGAGCUGCUAACAACAGUAAAAAUAACACAGUUUACAUAAAAUCACAAUCAAUUAAUUGAAAUCCAUUCUAAAAUUAAUUCAUUCUAAAAUCAAUUCAGAAUCAAAUUAAUGGCAACCAUUGGGCUAGAGUUCUAUGAGGAUUACCAAAGGUGUGUUUUAAUUCUGUUCUUAAAAGCAUAUAUAGCAUAGCUGUGCUCUAUAAUGAACUGUCAAAACAUUUUUGAAGGCAAAUGGUAUCUUAAUAUAUUCACCCCCUUCCCCCCCCCUUUUACAUAGAACAGUUACUUGCUGUGCGUUAUUUGUUCAUUUUGCCUCAUAGGCUGGCCGGCUGCUGAUAAGAAAAUUAAUUGCAGAGAAGCUGAAGAUUCCUUGGAAUGAAAUAAAGUUACAAAGGACUUCAAAAGGCAAACCUGUCCUUGCAAAUGACUUAAGCAGUGCCCAUUCCAGCUUCAGCUUUAAUGUCUCCCAUCAAGGGAAUUAUGCUGUUCUUGCCGCCGAGCCUGACUGUCAAGCUGGCAUUGACAUUACGAAGACGAGCAUGCCAGGUAGUGUACUAUAGUCACUCUUAAAAAAAAAAUUAAUAAUCUACAGUGUCCUAGGACAGGAAAGAGAAGCCACUUUGCUCAUUUAUUGCAACACACGCUGUAGAGGGAUUUUUGAGGUGCCAGCGAUUGGCUGAGCUUUCCUUCGUUCACAGUCUCUGACUGACAUUGGCUGAAUUGUUCCAAUCUUAGAAAUGGAGGAAUAAUAAUAAUAAUUUAUAUUUGUACCCCGCCCAUCUGGCUGGGUUUCCCCAGCUACUCUGGGCGGCUUCCACAAAGACCAAAAAUACACUAAGAUGUCACACAUUAAAAACUUCCCUGAACAGGGCUGCCUUCAGAUGUCUUCUGAAUGUCAGUUGUUUAUCUCUUUGACAUCUGAUGGGAGAGCGUUCCACAGGGUGGGCGCCACUACUAAGAAGGCCCUCUGCCUGGUUCCCUGUAGCUUUGCUUCUCGCAGUGAGGGAACCGCCAGAAGGCCCUCAGCUCUGGACCUCAGCGUCCGGGCAGAACGAUGGGGGUGGAGACGCUCCUUCAGGUAUACUGGGCCGAGGCCAUUUAGGUCAACACCAACACUUUGAAUUGUGCUCGGAAACAUACUGGGAGCCAAUGUAGGUCUUUCAAGACUGGUGUUAUGUGGUCUCGGCGGCCACCCCCAGUCACCAGUCUAGCUGCCGCAUUCUGGAUUAGUUGUAGUUUCCGGGUCACCUUCAAAGGUAGCCCCACGCAGUGCAUUGCAGUAGUCCAAGCGGGAGAUAACUAGAGCAUGCACCACUCUGGCAAGACAGUCCACGGGCAGGUAGGGUCUCAGCCUGCGUAUCAGGUGGAGUUGGUAGACAGCUGCCCGGAUACAGAAUUGACCUGCGCCUCCAUGGACAGCUGUGAGUCCAAAAUGACUCCCAGGCUGCGCACCUGGUCCUUCAGGGGCACGGUUACCCCAUUCAGGAUCAGGGAGUCUUCCACACCUGCCCGCCUCCUGUCCCCCCAAAACAGUACUUCUGUCUUGUCAGGAUUCAACCUCAAUCCAUUAGCCUUGGUAUAAGGAAGCUGCCUUAUACCAAGCCAGACCAUCAGUUCAUCUGGCUCAACAUUGCCCACAACACUGUGUGGCAGUUGCUGUCCAAGGUUUCAGGAGGGAAUCUUACCCAAGGAGAUGCCAAUGAGACCUUCGGCAUGUUUCUAAUUUUGUUUGAUAUGUUUUUAUUGAAUGUAUGCAUGUACGUAUUGUUACAGAAGUUGGGCGCCACCCCCAGUGGGUUCCAGGCGCUCACCCAGGGUUUGUUCUGCUUUGGAGAAUUGAAGACGUGGUGGAGAUUAUAGUAGCUUUAAGAAAUAUGAUUUAUUCACAUAUUCACACCUUCAGUCUGUGUGGAGGGAGUCCAGAUCUUACAGCAGGCAUCCCCAAACUCGGCCCUCCAGCUGUUUUGGGACUACAAUCCCAUCAUCCCUGACCACUGAUCCUGUUAGCUAGGGAUGAUGGGAGUUGUAGUCCCAAAACCGCUGGAGGGCCGAGUUUGGGGAUGCCUGUCUUACAGCAUGGUCAUUUCAAGAGGGGCUGGUCCCCCACAGCCAUGGAGUCAAAGGCAUCUCUCCCACCCAGCCUGCAGCCAGCCUGCCCAAGAUGGAUCCCAGUCUUUGUUUGCCCCCUUCCUCUUCCCAGCACACCUUGCUCUAAAAACUCUCUUUUCUUGUCACCUCAAACACACACCCCAUCACCAUGGCAACCUCUGUCUGCCUAGGCCCAGUAUUCCUCUCAGAUGGGCCAUCAACACUUUUUGUCACGUUAAUACCUCUAACCUAGGUGGGGCCCUGGCUUGGAACAGAAGCUUAGCUUGUGUUUUUCCACUUGACUGCAAUUUUCCCUUCAGUACUCCAAAUAUUCAAAAUCCUGCCAUUUAUAAUUUCUAGUGUUUAGUCCCUAACAGUAUUUAUUUGCCCAUUUAAGGUAUUUCUACCUCACCUUUGAGCUGAAAAAGCUGUGGUGUGGCAAAUAUCAGUACUAAGACGGUCCCUGGCAACAGGCUUAUAAUCUAAAAAGACAUGACAGAUGAGGGAAAAAAAGAAAUGGCAGUGAAAAGUAAUCUCAAGCACCAAGUUCUUAAAGUUCCUAUAAUACAGUUGUAUAUACCCUGCCUUGGGCUAAGCAAUUCAUGUAAACAAACAACCAAACUAUACCAGUAUGAUUCUCUGGAAAAUGAAAAGCUGGAGUGAAACCCCCCAAUUCUGUGGAACGGUGUGUAUGUGUCUUUUUCCUUCCAGAAAGGAAAGAGGCUUUAUGUUCCAAAAACUAGAGUUACAAGGGAUUUGUAUUUUUCUUUAUCUUAAGAGCAGCCACAGGGUGGCACUAUUGAUCUGUGGAAAAUCUUUCCAUCUGUUCCAAUAUUCCAAUUGCAAAACAUUAAGCACUUGCGGAUGAAACCAUCUGCAACAUUUAAACCGCCACAUUGAAAAGGGGAUGCUCGUCAUGAUAUGUGAAAACCAUUUUGGCACCCAAAUAACGCUAUAAUAACCAAUCCAUUUUCUCUUCUCUAAGAGCUGUAUCUCUGUCAGGGAACGACUAGACAUCUCUAACAGGAAAUUCUCAGCACCUUUGCUAUACUACAGCUUCCAGGAUUCUUUGGGGCAAACCAUGAUAAUCUAACUGGUAUAGAGCAGGUAUUUUUGUAGUGUAGAUUUGUUCUUCAGACCAGGCUGCUUAAUUACCGGUACUUAGUUUUGUCUUUACAGUGGUACCUCAGGUUAAGUACUUAAUUUGUUCCGGACGUCCGUACUUAACCUGAAACUGUUCUUAAUCUGAAGCACCACUUUAGCUAAUGGAGCCUCCUGCUGCCGCUGCGCUGCUGCUGCACGAUUUCUGUUCUCAUCCUGAAGCAAAGUUCUUAACCUGAAGCACUAUUUCUGGGUUAGCGGAGUCUGUAACCUGAAGCGUAUUUAACCUUGAGGUACCACUGUAUCUCUUUUUGGUGGGGGGUGGAGAAGUAUAAGACAUGCUAAUUUUCCAGUGAUUCUAUACCGUUCUCGAUGCCUCACCAACACUCAAUAACUGCUUUUAUUUACAGAGUGCUGGUAAGCUCCUGUGGAGAUUGGUGAUAAUCUAGUGCCUUGCCUUAUGCAAAGCUAUAAGAAAUCGAAUCAGGAACCUAAAAAUUCAUUAAAAGUAAACUUUUUGGGUGAAACCCUCUAAAGCAGUAUUUCCCAAAUUUGGGUCUCCAGUUGUUUUUGAACUACAAUUCCCAUCAUCCAUGACCACUGGUCCUGCUAGCUAGGGAUGAUGGGAGUUGUAGUACCAAAACAGCUGGAGACCCAAGUUUGGGAAACACAGGUCUGAAGUAAGAGCUGCUUCAUAAUGUUUAAAAAUCAGCAGGUACAGAAGACCACCAGGAAAGAGAAGCUUUAACUGCAUUCUAAAAGGCAGGCUAAGAUGGUGCAGAGAUUUUUCUUGAAUGGUCUGCGGCCAUCAACUUCCAGCAUCACCUUGAAUGCUCCGGCUGCAGAUGCAACACUAUAUCUCCCCUUCUGCAGAAUUUUGGAUUGCAGUCUAAAGGGAUGAAUGACCAAGGCCAGCUCUGAUCAUUAAUGUCCUAGUGCCUGCCAGAUUACUGUUACGUGCUGUCGGAGGGGCUGCCUUUGGUAACCUCAAAAUCUGCUCUGCAAGGUUAGGUGAGAUGGAGGCCCUGUGGAUUUCUGUUGCAAAAGCAACUGCACGUCCCAAGCACUAUUUGAGUCCUCUAAAUUGUGGCGAGAGUUGAGCACGGGGGCUGCUUGCCUCCAUUGAGUCCAACGCAACUUAAAAGUAACUAACAUGGAGAAAAUAAUGUAAAUGGCUUUCCGGUGCUUAAAUGUUGCUCCGUACAGAGAAGAGUUAUCUGCAUCUGUAUAAUAUGCAUGCUGCCAUUUCCAUUCACUUUUUGAUUAAUGGGCUUUUCAAGGUUCUGCUGUGAAAAAGCUGAUAAUGGAAGCAGAAAGUAUUUUCCUAGGGGAGAGAGAGAGAAAGAAAUUUCGACUCAGCUCUAAACAGCUUGCUUAUCUAGCAUGCUACUGUUGUAAUAGCCUUGCCUAAGGAGCACAGGAAGCUGGCGUCAUGCAAGCCAGUGUAAAUUAAGCCGGAGUAAAGAUAGGGAUGCGGGUGGCACUGUGGGUUAAAACCACAGAGCCUAGGACUUGCUGAUCAGAAGGUUGGCGGUUCAAAUCCCCGUAACGGGGUGAGCUCCUGUUGCUCAAUCCCAGCUCCUGCCCACCUAGCAGUUCAAAAGCAUGUCAAGGUGCAAGUAGAUAAAUAGGUACCACUCCGGCAGGGAGGUAAACGGCAUUUCCGUGUUUGACAGAAGCGGCUUAGUCAUGCUGGCCACAUGACCCGGAAGCUGUACGCCGGCUCCCUCAGCCAAUAAAGCAAGUUGAGCGCCGCAACCCCAGAGUCGGCCAUGACCAUACCUAAUGGGGCCCGUUUACCUUAAAGAUAAACCAGAGCCAAAUUCCGAUCAGCAGUGAGGCUACAGCUGGAUGAGCCAGCCUAAACGUGGCAGAGAGAAAGCAAGCCUUCAAUAUUGUGUUUGAGUUACACCACCCUUUUUGCUGGCUUAAUUUAUACCAGGUUGCCAGGUCAUGUGACUCAGAUGAACCAGUCUUAGGAUCCAGCUUAAGUCCUCCCCGCCAUGGUCUCACCCCUGCUGCAACCCCCCCCCCUUUUCAAUGCUUACACUGGGCUGAAGAUUUGCUGGGCUCGGCUCAGCCAGCUAGGUCCUGGCUGAGCCAGGAUGAGAGAGAUAUACCAGCCAAGGAGGAGGGAGUUUCAUCACUAUAACCCAGCUGGAUCCUAACCCAUCCAUCUUGCCAGAUAGGAUUGUUCCGUAAGUCCCUCUUUGGUGCAAUUAAAGCAUUUUACUUCCUAUGGCUACUGCUGCUUUUUUAUCUUAUUUUAUUUUGCAUCAUGAUCCCACCAGCAUAUUCCAUCAGAGGUCUAACUGGAGUAUGGUGAACUCUUCAGUCACAGCAUGAGAACGUUUCCAGGUUGUUGGUUUUUUGCAUUCAUUUAUGGGAAUAAUUGCAUUAAGAUUAUUUUCUGUGAGUGGCAGGGCAUACAGAAUAUUAUUUUUAGCUGUGAAGUGUGGCAUGAUGGAAAGUUUCGGGCUAGUGCUUGUUAUCCUGAUAAUAUUCAGCUGAACUUAGUUGGGGCAGUGGAGCUUAAAGUGCCUUACUGUAUAGAUUUCGAGGGAGGCCUCCACUGAUACCAUGCAGAGAUAUUUUAAAUAUAUAGGAGUAGAGUAGAGAAAAGUGAAAGUCAGGCUCAGGCUUCUGUUGGGAAGAUGGGAAUGCAGUAGUGAAACUCUAUGCCUGUUGAAUUUCUGCCUGUUGUGCACUUGGAAAUACUGCAGGACACCUGUCAAAAGGGAGGGGGGAAAUAGCAGUGUCAUGCCCUAUUGCUUCUCAAAACUGCUCAUGAACACCACCCUACCUGUAAGAAUAAUGUGCUGACAGGUUCUGCAGUGAUUUAUAGAAUUCAUGGCUGCAUGCUAAGGACUGAUACCUGGAAUGCUCUGGAUGGUAUUUCCUUUUCUAAGCACUUGAGACAUAGAUACCUUUUGUGGUGUGUGUUUUUUUAAGAUGUACUUCUGAAAUGUGGGCCUAGAGCAAACCAGAAACCACACACCCCUCUCUUGGUGCCUUCAAAAUACUCUUCAUUUUUAGCCGUCAUUAACAUUAAUGUUAUCAUUCGUCCUCAGGGCUUAUCCUACCCCGUCAGUUAACAGUUAUCAUCUAUCCCUUGCCAGGGGAAAUCAAUUAAAAAUAAGUUAAAACUAAUUUUACAACUGCUGACGCAAAGCUGGAUUGUCUGCUCCCUGAAAUGAACACUCUAGAGAGGGAGCGAAGUUCAGAUACGAUUCAUUCAGAAGGAAAUUAGACAUGAAGAUUCUAGCAGCCAAUUAUUCUCUUCCCAGACAAAUCCCGGGCAUGAAUACUUGAAAGUUAAGUUCUGCUGUUUCACUGGGUCUUGUUCCCAGGUACAUGUGCCUAGGAUUCCUCCGUUUCAGAGAUCUAAAGCCUUUAUUUAGUGCCCCGGAUGGUGAUAAUAUUUGACUUAUUCCCCCACCCCACAUAAGAAAAAAAGCGUUUGUUGCUUUUCUGUUUGAGGGGAGAUAAGAAACUGUUGCUUUCAAUUAUGAACAUAAGGAGUAUGAGCUGCACAACAGCUUUUUUAAUCUAUUCAUAACAGAUAAAACAUUAAUUAUGUUUAUGUUGCUAAUGAGAUAUUUAGCAGCACAGUUGCUGAAAAGAAUUUUUUCUGUCACUUCAUCCCAUGUUAUAAAUAGGUACCUCAUGCCUAGGUUUUUUUUGUGACCCAGAAGUCUGUAUCUAACCUGCAGGAUAAAAGAUAAAUAUGUUUGUUUGUUUUUUUUAAAAAAAAACACUCCGAAGAUAAAUUGUUAGCUUUUUAUAAGUUUUAUUUGAAAUUAAAAUAAAGUAUUUAUUAUUCCUGUGAAGUUGCCCUCCCUCCCCCUACUCUGUUGCCUCUAUAAAAGAAUGCAGUUCAGAAUUUUGGCACUAGGGGGCAGGGCAGAGGGGCAGGCUGUGGUGCUGAGGUCCACUAGUGGGUCUCAGGCCACUCUUUGAGAAAGACUGAAAUAGCCCCUAAUGGACAUUCCUCGCUUUGAGGAAGCACAUUUUUGAGAUAUCUUCCUUUGUUCAAACACUGCUUUCUCUGGAAAUAAAUAUGGCAGAGAAAUCUUGUCUUGUUCUCUGUGAAGUAUAAUUGUUUAAGUGCACACUGAAAAGGAGAAUGAUUGUUUAUUGCUGAAAGGAUUUAACAUUGGAAAAUUCCAUUUUAGUAUAUACUAAGCUACAAGACAGCUCUCUCUGAUCUUUAGUAGGAUUGACCAUUAACUGUUGCUGUUCUCUGCUGGUUUACACGUAAGUGUUUAACCUUAGAUCAUGUGAUUAAGGUAUUCAAUUGCAAAUCUCCAUUUUGAAGGACGCCACAGAGAACAAAAGAAUGUGAUAAUGAAGCCUCUCAAGGAGCUGCAUAAACUUAGACUGGAUGCAGGCUAAUGCAAGCUAUGGGAGAAACAGAUAGUUGAUUUUUACUCUGAUCAUAAUUACAUUAUAUAUAUAUUUAAGAAGAACCUAUGCUUGGAUAUGCAUAUGCCUUAUGGAAUUAUCCCGCUGUAUCUUUGAUUGUUUCGUACUUGUUUUUGAAAAAGUUCUAGUUAGUAAAGCUUUGAAUAAUAAUUAUGGGUCUGGACCAUUUUGUUUCCAAAAGGAAUCAGCUUUUAUGCAUCCAGUAUUAAUAUUUGCAAUAUUCUCAUCCCAUUUCCAAGAAAAUCUAUCAUAUUUGUAAUGUAAAGAUCUGCCAAAAUUGUCAAUAUCCUUACUUUGAAACUGAUGAUGGCAGAACUUUGGGAGAACCUGUGGUCCUGUAGAUAUUGCUGGACUCCAUCUCCCUCUAUUCCUGACCAUUGGCCAUGCUCGCUGGGGUUGAUGGGAGUUGGAGUCAGACAGCGUCUGGAGAGGUACAUGUUUCUGCUGCAAGUUCUAAUCUUUUACAAAAUUUCAUGGUAUUUUAUAGUUAAUCAGAUUCAUUAACAAGGCAAGAUGGCAAGAACUUGGCAUUCCAAAGGAAAAGGUUGCUUCUGAAGUUGGCUUUUUAAAUUCUCCUCUCUUUAAAUGCAGUUGGUAGGAUUGUAAUUGUUGUUAUUUUUUUUAAAAAAAAGGAGAGAGAUGUCUUUUUUUCCAGAUAAUGAGCUUGCUAAUAAUUUCCCAGCUGCUCAGCUUUGUAAGCUAAAACCAGAAAUCUACAAGGCCUUGCUUAAUAAUGAGUAUACAGUGGUACCUUGGGUUACAUACGCUUCAGAUUACAUACGCUUCAGGUUACAGACUCCGCUAACCCAGAAAUAGUGCUUCAGGUUAAGAACUUUGCUUCAGGAUGAGAAUAGAAAUCGUGCUCCGGCGGCGCGGCGGCAGCAGGAGGCCCCAUUGGCUAAAGUGGUGCUUCAGGUUAAGAACAGUUUCAGGUUAGGAACGGACCUCCAGAACGAAUUAAGUUCUUAAUCCGAGGUACCACUGUAUGCUAUAUGGUAAUUUAUGCACCUAAUAGUAUUUCCUGUUCACAGGAUGUUUAUGUUUUCUGUUGCUUUCGUUUCUCUCUGUGUGUCGUAGACACUAAAGCAGGCAGUCAUGUUUUUCUGUGUUCUGAUCAACACUGAAUAAACUUGUAAAUAAUGCUCUCCUGAGUGCAACUUUUGGCUGUGCAUUAUCUGCUGAUAGAGUGUGCAUGAGCUCUGGAAUGUGGCAAGCUAUCUCUAGAAACUCAUGUCACUAAUUGCUGAUACUGCGUGACUACGGGAGAUCAAUGGAUCGUCCGGCAGCCGGCUUGGGGGCCAUGAUGGACUUUGUCUCCCUGGCAGUAUCCCAACAUCGUUUACAUAUUCUUUCACUUCUUCAUAUGGUUUCAUUUUCCACUUACUUCCCUCUUUCUCAAUUAAACUCCCAUAUGUUAUCCACCUCCCAUUCAUAUUGAUCUUUUUAACACUCAUCACCUCUAAUGAUGAUAACCAGUGUGGUAUUUUUGGUUCAAGUAGGUUUUUGUACCUACCCCAUACCUCAAUCAGAGAUCCUCUAAUAAUAUGAUUUUCGAAACCUUUAUGCACUUGUUUUUUUUCAUACCAUAAAUAUGCGUGCCAACCGAAUCUAUUAUCAUAUCCUUCCAGAUCUAACAAAUCUGUAUUUUCUAAUUUCAUCCAUUCUUUCAGCCAACAUGUGCACGAUGCUUCAUAAUAUAAUCUCAUAUCUGGCAGGGUGAAGCCUCCCCUCCCUUUUAAAUCUGUUAACAACUUAAAUUUUAUUCUUGGCUUCUUGCCCUGCCAGAUAUAUCUUGAAAUCACUUUUUGCCACUCUUUAAAUAUUGCAACUCCUUUAAUUAUUGGAAUUGCUUGGAACAAUUCUGGCAGGCCCCAUUAGCUAAAUGCGGCAGGCCCCAUUAGCUAAAGUGGUACCUCAAGUUAAGAACAGUUUCAGGUUAAGAACGGACCUCCAGAACGAAUUAAGUUCUUAAUCCGAGGUACCACUGUAUGCUAUAUGGUAAUUUAUGCACCUAGUAGGUAUCUGAAGCCAUUUGCACAUAACAAAUAAGAGCCUAUACAACAUAAAACACUGUUGCUGUAUAUAGGUUUUAUUAUUUGUUUUUAAUCUUACAUUUUGGAAAUGUACAUUGAGUUUGGGGGGGGGGAGAGAGUGGGGCCCUAAACUAUAGCUUGUUUAGCUUAUACGUAAAUCCAGCACUGUACUGAAUAGAGCAGAAAGUGGGCUUAGAGGAGGUUUGUUCCCUGUGGUAUGUACACACCUGUGACUUUAUUUUGUCCCACAACUGCUUAUCAAAAGACUUUCCCCCUCAAGCUUUAAACUGAAAGUUGGAACACGUGAAACGUUUUUUCGUGGUCAAAGUAGGAUGGAUUAUCAUCGGCAGCCAUCCCUCUUCCAAAUUGCUAUUUUAUUUUCUGAAGGGGAAAAAGAACUGCUGAAAGCCUUAGCCUUCUAUGUAAAAGGGAAACACUUUAUUGAAAUCUUUUGGCUUUUAGGGAUAAGAAAGGUGACAAUGUCAUCAGCAAUAAAUUCCCCUUUGAAUAUGUGUCAUCCUGUGAUCUUGUGGGAAAUCACUUGACCUUAUGGCUAUUGGCCUUUUUAUUUAUCCUUGUAUAGAAAGCGCUUUUUUAGUUGAGAUCAAGGCUUCUUAAAUGCUUUUUGUAAAAACCGCCGCUCAUACAUUCACUGUAGCCCUUCCAAGAAGUUGCCUUUGUUGUCCUCCCCCGGUUUACAGCUCUCAGUUAAAAGUGUCUCAACUUGGAUGAAAAAGCAUUAUAUAUCAAUUUGUGCCUUUAAAAUAUGACCUUCUGUCUCUCUUCCCAUCUCACUUGAAACAGGCAUAUCCAAGUGUGUUUGAAUGCAGCACUUAAGGUUAAAAAAUGCUGCUGGAAAUAUAAAUAAGGGUCAGUUGAAAAUUUGUACAUUGUAUUAUAGUGCAACAUUUCAGAGCUAAACAUUUCAAAGCACCAUUCACAGAAUUAGACCACAACACCAGGCAAAGGGUUAAAACCCCUCAGUGAUCUAGAUAAGGUGCACCAGCAAUUCAUUAAUUUUUUUAAAAAAACCAUUCUCACAAUCCCUUUUUAAAACAAUAAGUUUUAUUAGACUUUCUAGAGAAAAAUACAAAGGUUAAUAUCAAAUCUCUUUUCCCAUUUUUAUCUGAACUAAGACUUUGAUCUAAAUUCUGUUUUAAAAAAACAAACAUGAAAAGGGGGGACAAAGGAGUAGAAAAAGAUAAAGAAAAAGAAAAAAGAGUAGCAAAGAGGUUAAAAGAGAAAGAUAGAAAAAUAAAAUUCAGAAAAUAAAGAACUUAAAAUCCUUCAUUUGUCCUCUAUAUCUAAACAAUAUGCGCUUUGUCCAGUCCAACAAAGCCACUUUCUGCAAACAAACAUCUUCAAUCAUCUAACCCAAAUAUCAUUAUUCCUUUUUUCUUUUUCAUGCAAAAACUCCAUGAGAGGUUUCCGUUCUUUAACAAACGUUAACAAUGACUUUUCUGUAAUUAAAGGUGUCAAUUUCGCCGUCUCUGCUAAGUUCAUUCGUUUUAACAGCCGUUCUUCCUUUGUUGCUAAUAAUGAGCCCUUCCAUCUUUGUGCAUAUAAAAGUCUCACAGCCAUAAUCAUAUAUUGUAACAAAGUUCCAUAGUCCUUUUCUAACUGUAUAUCCAUAAUCCUCAGCAGGAAGAGUUCUGGCUUCAGUUGAAAAUUCCAUCCUCACUGACCUUGGCUCUCCAGAUUAACGUGCAAUUGACCAUAUGUGUAAUACUCUGAAUUGCCCCAUUCCUUCAGUAUGUUUGAUGUUGCCCUUGCCUGAAUUUGCAACUCCUCACCUAAGACAAGGAUCAGAAACCUAUGACCUUUCAGAUGUUAUUAGAUUACAACAGGGGUCAGCAACAUUUUUCAGCUGUGGGCCGGUCCACCGUCCCUCAGACCAUGUGGGGGUUCGGACUAUAUUUUUUUUGGGGGGGGGGUGAACGAAUUCCUAUGCCCCAGAAAUAACCCAGAGAUGCAUUUCAAAUGAAAGCACACAUUCUACUCAUGUAAAAAAACCAGGCAGGCCCCACAAAUAACCCAGAGAUGCAUUUUAAAUAAAAGGACACAUUCUACUCAUGUAAAAACAUGCUGAUUCCUGGACCAUCCACGGGCCGGAUUGAGAAGGCGAUUGGGCCGCAUCCGGCCCCUGGGCCUUAAGUUGCCUACUCCUUGAUUACAACUCCUAUCAUCUUUGGUGGUUGGCUUUGCUGGCUGGGGGGCUGUUGGGAUUCGAAAUCUAGCAGCAUUAGGGCAGCCACGGUUGGCUUAAAUUGUCUUUUUCUCCUCAAUCUCCGUGGAAACACAACGAGCUGCCAGAGAGGGACAGAGCACAGAAGGUUCAGUCUCCACCAUCUCUAUUUUUAUAUAUAUAUAUAUAUAUAUAUAUAUAUAUAUAUGAGAUUUUUAUUGGUUUUACAUAUAAUCACCCCUCUUAUUUUAUCUCUUUGGCUCAACUGAGCCUAACGACUUCAUUCCCUCCUGUCUGAUGGUUUACAAAAUUAAACUUUACAUCUUUACAUUCCACUUUACAUUUCCUAUCCUUGUUAUAUCAUUACCUAAUAUAUUAUAUUACUCAGCCUGAAUAGGUAGCAACUUCAUCUUGCAAAUCUUCAGAUAAGCCUGCUAAUGAUGAUAAUUGCUUGCAGUUGUCUUUCAAAUAUCAUAUAAAUUUGUUCCAGAUCCCCACCAUCUCUAGACAGGGUUGGGACAGUCUCCCUUUCGAAAAUCCUGGAGAGCUACUGCCACUCUGUGUAGACAGUACAGUGGUACCUCGUUUUACAGCCGCUUCAGGUUACAGACUCCACUAACCCAGAAAUAGUACCUUGGGUUAAGAACUUUGCUUCAGGAUGAGAACAGAAAUUGUGUUCUGGUGGUGCGGCAGCAGUGGGAGGCCCCAUUAGCUAAAGUGGUGCUUCAGGUUAAGAACAGUUUCAGGUUAAGAACGGACCUCCAGAACGAAUUAAGUUCUUAACCUGAGGUACCACUGUACCUAAAUGAACCAAUGGUCUGGUUCAGAAUAAUCCCCACAGUCCCUAACAAUCUUUUCCUCCCCCCAGUCAUUUUGCUUUCUAAUUGCAGGGAGCGGAUCAAUUCCGGACUUCUUUCGAAUUAUGAAGCGGCAGUUUACAGAGGAAGAGUGGAGAGCAAUCAAGUCCAUGAACAGCGAAUGGCUUCAGUUGGAUAUGUUUCAUAGGCACUGGGUAACUGACCAUUUUUAUUUUUAACCGUUCAUCCGUAGUCCAGUCAACACAGCCCCUCUUCAAAUAUUUGAGUGGCUUUGUUUUGAAUAACUUUAAUUGAAUCGUUUAUAUAUUUGCUUUGAAAGCCUACAAAGAAGAAUCGGAGGAGGGUUUUGUUUGGCCUGCAUUUUGUAAAACAAUUGUGUUUAAAUGUAUCAAAUGUACAAAAUGCCAUAAUGUUAAUAUAUAACAUAGAAUGCACAAUACAAAUCUUAAAUACUAUAAUGCACUAUAAUCAUAUUUCAUACAUCAUUUCAAUAUUUGCUGCUAUCAUUAACAAUCAGUCUUUAUGUACCAUCUCCUAAAAUAUAUUUAAUUAGUGGGGUGACAUAUUUUUCACUACUUCCAACACAUCCAUGGAUUACAUUUAUCUUUCAGAUUUCACACACCUCCUAAUCUUAAAUUACCGAUCUCAACUUUAAAAAAUGUACCAAAGUGCAUUGAAAGUAGUAUUUUAGGAUGAAAUACAUUUAGAAAUGUGUUCACCAAGUUAAAAUACUAUUUUGUGAUAAAAUAUGUAUUUUCAUAUGUAUUUCUUUUUAAAAAUUUUUUUUAAUUAACUUUCUUAAAUUUCUUCAUCAACUACAUAAGUUUCAUACAAUAUUUUUCACAAUAAUGGUCAUAAUACAUGCAUAUCAUAAAUGAAGACACAAACAUUAUUCAUACAAAUACCCACUUAUUAAACUGUCAGUAAAUAUUAAAUAUUUUAUAAUUCAUUAAUCUGCUCUUUUGAAAUUCUCAUUAUUACAUUAAAUAUUAAAUAAGAGAAUAUGAAUUCCCUCCAUCUUCCAUUAUUCCUCCUUUCUUACAUAUUGCUCUGCUAAUUUCCAGUCUUCCCGUUUUCCUCUGUAUCCCUCCACUUCUUUAAUGUGAUUGUUCAUGUAAUAAUUGACAUUUCUUCCCCUGUUUUUCUAAUUACUUCUUUUCCAAACACAGCUUACAUUUUUCUUCAGCAUUUUAGCAUUCACAAUCCUUGUCAGGGUUGAAUUAUACAGUAUUUUGAGUCCAGAUUUAUUUGCAAUUCGGGGGGGGGGGAAUUCACAUAGUUUGGGAGACAUAAUAGAAAAUAUUCAGUUAUUAUCUCCUUAAUUUUUUCAUUUAUAACUAUUAGCACCGUCCUCCAAUAUUGCUUCACCCUUGCACACUCGCACCAUGAAUGGAUACAGUCUCUCUUAAUGUUAUUACAGAACCACCAUUUCUUCCUGUAGACAGGAAUAAUUCUUCAAUUAUUUGCUUUGUACAACAUUGAAGCAUUUCCCCUCUCAUCUCUUCCCUGCCAAACAAUUGAUGGGCAGGUGGAUUCCCCAAUCCUGUUACAAGUCACCUUGCACUUUCUCGUCCCAAGAAAAGGCCCAUGUAUUGAGGUUUCUGGCUGGGGUUCCAUUCCGAUGUCAUAUAACCCCUGUUUUAUUUAUUACUUCUUCUUAUUUAUUUAUUUAUUGGGUUUAUAUACCGCCAUCCAUCAUAAAAUCUCAGGGCGGUUCACAGAAUAAAAUACAGGAUGAAAACAAGCAAAUAAGUAGAACAAGACAACAAAACAAUAACACACUCACCCCUUCCCACUGACACAUUUAAAAGGCAGUAGAAUAUUAAUCAGGUUUGGUUGAGGAAGAACGUUUUCACCUGGUGACUAACACACACACACACACAUAUUAUAUAUAUAUAUAUAUAUAUAUAUAUAUAUAUAUAUAUAUAUAUAUAUUAUAUCUAUAAAGGCACCCGGCGAACCUCCCUGGGGAGAGCAUUCCACAGAUGGGGAGCCACUGCAGAAAAGGCCUCAGACUAUGAAUGCAGAGUCUCGGACAGUUUAUAUGGGGAGAGGCUUUUUUUUCUAAAAAAAUGUUUAGGGGUCCUCUUAUUUUGACUUGAGAAAAUCAAAACUUUAUAGUUCAAUUUGGGAAAAGUAAAUAUAGUAAAUGGACAAAAGGCCGCCAUCGGUGGUAGCAAUGGAACUGACAAGUCCCUGUGCUGGGGAAGAAACGAUAUUUUUUUUAAAAAAAAAAAGUUUAUUCUCCCAUUAGAUUCACAAAAUGUUUAGGGGUAUGUGUACCCCUGCACACGCACACCCCAGGAAAAAAGCACUGGGGAGAGGCAUUGUGGUCCUGAGCUACACUGCUUGCCAGUUCAUUUCCCGAUUAAAUUUGAGGUUUAAAUUGGUGUUUAAAGCCCUAAGCAUCUCUGGCUUGAAAUAUGUGAACAGUCACCUCCUUCGCUACAAACCCUCUUGAAUGCUGAUAUUGGCAGAGGUGACACUCUUGGUAGCUUUUCCGCACUCAGAGGUUUGGCCCAGGAGAGUGGCCUUCUCUCUGGUGGCCCCUAAGCUGUGGAACUCCCUCCCUACAGAGAUGUGAUUGGCAUCUUCAUUAUACAGCUUCAUUUUGAUAGUAGAAGUGAAUAUUUUUAGAACCCACUUUAUUUUCAUGAUUGCAAAUUGUUUUAAACAGUUCUUAAUGUUAUGCUUUAACAUUGCAACACCUGCCCUUGCACCCUUAUAGUGAAGGGCAGGUAAUUAAUAAAUAAAUAAGAAUAACAUUUGAUCAGUUAAAUCAUUCAUUAAGCAUAGAGAAUGGCUUGAUGGCACAAUUCCACUAAAGCUAAACAAGGAAGAUGCUUUGCAAGGUGCUAUGGUGGGAGACUCCCUAAGAGCCAUAUAUAAGCCACUUGGAGUUACUUGUAGGAAGAAUAAACAGAUAAUCAAUGAAUUGAAUGAUCAGCUAAAACCUUCAGGUUUCGUGACCAGUUCUUAUUAAUGCAGUGGGCAUUUUGACAACUCGGGUAUCUGCAAGAAGGCUUCUGUGUUGUCCCAUGCUUACUCCUGCUAAUUGUACUCGCAAGAUAUAACCAUGGAAAUUCUCUAUACAUAACAGGCAGAAGAAAAAGACCUGGGAUUUGGCCCUGGUUUAAUCGUGUAUAGGUGUGGAAGAAUUUUAAAUGUAAGUGGGGGACACACAAUAUAGAGUCUUGUGGUUCCUAUUAGGCGGAGAUCCAGAAAGCCACUCUGCAGAUAGUGAUUGGAACCAUACAUGGGUUGACCACCUGCAUUUUGAUUUUUUCUUUCUUUUAGGCGCUAAAAGAGAGCUUUAUAAAAGCCGUUGGUGUCGGGAUAGGUUUUGACCUUCAGAGGAUUGAGUUUAAUGUAUCCCCACUGCAACUGGAAGUGGGGAAAACGUAUAACGAGACAGUUUUGCUCUUGGAUGGCGAAGAAGAGAAGGAAUGGAGUUUUGAGGUGAGGCUGCAACCUACAAACUUCUCCCUAAAGUUAUACUAUAUACUGUCUUGAAAUACCAUAAGAUGUUGGUGUAACGCUUAAAUUGCCUACUCGUGAGCCCCUGCUUUCUUGAGAUCCCUAUUUGUGAGGGUGCAGGGGUAGGAGAAGAAAAGGAGCUUGCCUAGUCGGUGUUAGAAUUCCUGCUCCGUGACUGCAGUCAUGGAAUUGUUGUCUAUCACAUGACGGUAUAUGUUUUGACUCCACAGAGUGGGAAGUGAUGAAGACAGGAUGUUUGUGUUACUGUGUUCCGUGAAGUGGGAGUAUUGUCCUUUGUUCUUUUUCUCUUUGCUGUCUGAUGCUAGAGACAGAGGGAGCCAUGUUGCAGUGCUCCGUGUGUGUUUAUAUGUAAAUAAAGUAGAUUAGCCAAAAUGCUGUGUUACUGAGGUCUAUCAUGCGAACUGCGCAGACUCUGCAGAUCCCUAAGUGUGCUGAUGUCUGUUGGCAUUGGUCGCUGUGAUGUAUGGGCUGAAGAAAGCUUAUGAAGCUCCCGAAUGAUUGACUAGGAGGUAGAGAACAUGCCAGUCGGGCAUGUGUCUCUGCCAGAGUCCUACUCGAGUGUAGGCUGAACUCCUGACAGUCGGUUGCAUGGACAGUGUUUCUGGGUCCCCUCGAAAAUCCAUUGGCCCACAGGAGACCAUCGUUUGUGCCUGAUUGAUUUUAAGGGCAGAGGGCAGACUCGAGGCAGAACUUCCUCCCUCAGGGAGAUUUUUGUGUGCAUUUUUUGGUGCCACCCUCUCCACCCACCAAAACCUCUCCUUUCCCCCCCCCCCCUUGGUAUUUGUGCUGUGUCUCAAGGAGCAAUCAAAACGACAUUCACGUUUUGCCUUUAAUGGCCAAAUUUGCCCAUGGCUUUCAGGAGCGAUUGUGCUGUUGCUUUGUUGAACUCUCAUAAAGAAAUUUGCUGGUGUUUGCAGAGAAGAAGGAAAAAACCCACUUUGUCGACUAGCAAUGCCGCACAACCUUAUAAUGCACCCAGUUGGAGCACCCGUAAAGCUUUUAACAUCUGCAGUCUGGGGAGACCUCAUGCCAAUAGUGGCAGUAACUAACAUUUAGACUCCUGUGUUUGCUUUUCGAAAUGGGAAAUGAUGUUAAUAUUAAGUCACUGAGAAAUAACCUCUUAACUUCACUUUGGGGAACUCAGUUUCUGCUUUGAUAAUGUAUGAAAGGGGGGGAUGGGAUCAAGUAUAGUAGGUAAAAAAGAGACUUCUUUUUUUACCACCCACAGCAAACAGAGUAGAAAUUGUCAAAGCACUGGUCUUCAAGCUGAUGAGUUAGGACCUCCCAGUAGGUCAUGCACUGACAACUACUGGCUCCAUUGCUGUUUUCUUUGUUUUCUGUUUCCUUUAAAAUAGGGAGAAAGACAAUCCAAAUGAUGGGGUGGAAGAGGGUUAAAGGGUAACCAAAGGGUAGGCUACUCUUCUGUGGUUGUGUAGAAGACAAUGCAUUAACAGCUGUGACUUUUUUCAGCACCGCUUGACAGAUUUGCAGCUACCAAAAUCCUCAUUUCUGUGGACAGAGGGGCCUGGUGGAGUGGAUUUUGCCCCUAGACAGGAGGUUCCACACCCCUUAUUGCUUGCUGCAAAUAUGCUCUAGAGCAGAUCCACCUUUGCAAUAUUGCACACGUGGAACAGGAAGUGUUACACAAGAGGGUUGACAGGCCAACGGGUUAAUUUACCUAGGCUGUCACAUCACCGGACUUCCUGAAACAUGGAGCAACAAUGGGGAAAUGUAGGCAGUUUUUCCUGUCUGCACUAUCUAAUCUUUUACUCUCCUACAUUUGCUUGCUAUUGGUGUUGGUAGUUAUUCGGUACACUUUCCCCCCUUUUGCCAUCUAGGAAACACGGCUAGAUGAUUGUCACCAUGUUGCAGUUGCUCUGGGGAAACCAGGAGUGUUUGGAGAGAAGCCUGCUGCGGUAAGAUGUUCGGGUAAUUUUCAGUAUCAAGCAGAAUUGUUAGUAGUUUUGUGAUAUUUUGUCUUCUGCCUUGAGAUGGCUCUAUGCUAAAUAGCUGUUGAAUUUUUAAAUACACAAUAGCACUCUUGACUGGAAUACAAUUCCAAGCAGCUGUUAAUAAAAACCUAGAGUAGAAAAUACCGUCCACCUGUAUUCAGAUCCUAGAAUAAAGUAGAAUACUUGGGAUAUGAUAUUGGAGAUCAUCUAGCCCAAUCUGCUGCUCAGUCCAACAGUUCCUGGACCUGCUCUGCUCUGCCACCAGAAAACUCCAUGGUGGGGCUCUCUGCUGGCUGCUGCUAGUAAAGAACUUGCUGGCAACAUUUCCUCCCCCCUUCAUUUUGGUGGGUGGAAGGGGGAGCUUCACAAUAAUAUGAGAGCCUUAUGGACCAGCCCAGUGGCCUGUCAGAGGUUCAGUCCCCGGCUUGAUCACACAGUAAGCGUAGCUGAUUAAAAAGGAUGAUUUUAAUGUCAAAACAACAGAUAGCUCCGGAGAGCUUAACACAGCUUCCGCCAUCAUCAAUCAAGAUGACCCUUCUGAAGAUCCCUUCCGGUUACAGAAGAUAUUGAACUUUCUCACUUUGCUUGCUUUGUUUCCGGUCUAACAGCCCUCCCCUUAGCCGACUCUUAGGAGGGAUUGGAUCAGCUCCAAUCUGUUCCCAUUCUGACAAACUGCUUCCUUCUCUGUUCGUGCCAGUUUGCCCCUCCCAAGAGCGUUGUCUGGCUUCCUGCCAGCUCUCAGCCAUUCCCUUAUCUACUGGCAUUCCAAGGAGUGGGGGAGUUGGUACUGUUGUUGUUGUCUAGUUAUGUCCGACUCUUCGUGACCCCAUGAACCAGAGCACGCCAGGCACUCCUGUCUUCUACUGCCUCCUGCAGUUUGGUCAAACUUAUGCUGGUAGCUUCGAGAACACUAUCCAACCAUCUCGUCCUCUGUCGUCCCCUUCUCCUUGUGUCUUCUCUUCUCUUGAUGUGGCCAAAGUACUGGAGCCUCAGCUUUAGGAUCUGUCCUUCCAGUGAGCACUCAGGGCUGAUUUCCUUCAGAAUGGAUAGGUUUGAUCUUCUUGCAGUCCAUGGGACUCUCAAGAGUCUCCUCCAGCACCAGAAUUCAAAAGCAUCAAUUCUUCAGCGAUCAGCCUUCUUGAUGGUCCAGCUCUCACUUCCAUACAUCCCUACUGGGAAAACCAUAGCUUUAACUAUACAGACCUUUGGCACUUUGGAGUUGGCACUAGCCGAUGCUCAUUGUGCCUGGCAGUUAACCCUCUCUGUUCCUGGCUGAUUUCUUCAAUUGUCUGCAAACCUUCCCUGAGAGCUGGCUGCAACCAUCACUGGGAGCUGGCUCAUUCAUGACAUGGCCCUUCUAACCCAGCAUCCUGUUCUCCCCGAGGCUCGCCAGAUCUUGCGGUGAAGUGAUGCUGGUGUCACUCUACAGAUGUCUAGCAGGAGGUGGCGUAACCCAGCAGGUCUGGGCAGAGGGACACCUCCUCCCAACCAACCCCACUCGCCCCAGCCUGAUGUGAAGGGUGUUUGCAUUGUGCUGUUAAUAGUAAACACAUAAAAAACAACAGAAAAGGGAGACUUAAAAAUCGAUAUCCCACAGCUGACUUGCGUGGUUUUUUAAAAAACUAGCAAUCAAAUGCAAAGUUGCUAGAAAGGCUAUGGUGCAGUUUGGGAAAAAUGCAAACUUUGAUGAAUAGUACCUUAAUAGGACUAUUACGCAUGGCACGCGGGUGGCGCUGUGGGUUAAACCACAGAGCCUAGGACUUGCCGAUCAGAAGGUCGGUGGUUCGAAUCCCUGCGACGGGGUGAGCUCCCAUUGCUCGGUCCCUGCUCCUGCCAACCUAGCAGUUUGAAAACACGUCAAAGUGCAAGUAGAUAAAUAGGUACCACUCUGGCAGGAAGGUAAAUGGUGUUUCCGUGCGCUGCUCUGGUUCGCCAGAAGUGGCUUAGUCAUGCUGGCCACAAGACCCGGAAGCUGUACAUCGGCUCCCUCGGCCAGUAAAGCGAGAUGAGCGCUGCAACCCCAGCGUCAUCCGCGACUGGACCUAAUGGUCAGGGGUCCCUUUACCUUUCCCUUUACCAUAAAAAUAUUAUACUAAGUUUCAGAAGAAUUUGGUUAGAAACCUAGAAAAGGUGAGAUCCAACGUGGCCCGAGUGGGCGUCUGCUUAUGUAAUGGGGUGCUUCUUUCCUCUUCUACCUCCGUGUGCCUCCAGAAUAUGCUCCAGAGGGCUGGGGAACCACCCAAAGCAGAUUUUGGUGGUGCAUGGGGGACUGGAACAAGGAAGAGAGAAACCAGAAGUCCUGUUAUGUAAAACAGAUUUCUGUUGCACAAGCAAGUGGGCAUCAUUGGAUGUUGGCCAAUGUGAAAAUAUUAAAGCGGUUAAAGAACCGGGGGGGGGGGGUAGCAAAAGCAGAAUCAAUCAACAAUUAUUUCAAAUCAAAUCAACUGAAGCAAUUAAUGUAUAAAUAUCUGCUUUUCACAAAAUCUAUUAAAGGGAGCCAUGAAUCACAAAUGUUUCCAUAUGCUUUCUCCCUCACACAACUGAAUGUUCUCAGUUAUUUUGGGCAUUUCUUGAUGUGAUCACACAACAGCAUGGAUUCCGUUUUCUUCUCUCUCACUGAAUCAGCAUGCAUAUGCAUUGGUGCAUACAUUAUUAUUAUUAUUAUUAUACUAUUAUUUAAAUAAAUAAUAUACUACCUUUCAUCUAAAGAAGAAAUACCAAGGCGGUUCACAAUUGAAUAAAAGCCAAUAGCAAAAUAACAAGAAUAAACCCAGUUACAAAAAUAAGACUACAUUAAGACAUCCAUAAUUAAAAUAUAUAAAACUAAAUCCGUUAAAACAGACAUAGUAAAUGCUUGUCUAAACUGGUGUGUCUUCAAGAGCUGGCGGAAUGCCAAUAUUGAUGGAGCUUCCCAUAUUUCAGCAUAUAAGAUGGAGUGAUGGACAGUUUUGUACCGAAAAGUACAGAAAACUGCACGUGGCAGUUUCAGGCAGGGAAGAAUGUGGGGCAAAGCAGACUGACGAAAUGAUAAUGGACCAAAAUGGGGAAAGUCUGAUCCCCUUCACCAUGGUCCUUCAGAUUCCAGAACCUUGGGGUUAUGCUCAAAUGUGAACAUACUGGGUUGCCUUUCAAAAUUAGAAUUAGAUCUAUCUUUCUCUGCCUCUCCCGUCUGUAAAAUAGGUGUGUGUGUGUUUUAAUGUUACAAACAGGGAAAAAUAAUUACAACCUUGUUCUUCAAUCAUGGAAAUACUGAUCUGCAUUUCUGUGAAUUGAAUUACCCUCCCCUUCUACUUCUCAGGUACUUUCUUCUGCUGCGACCCAGACUACAUUUACAACACUGACUUUUGAUGAUUUAGUUGCCUCUGCUGUGCCUCUUGCACCUGAAGACCCUGCCUGCUGGGAUAGCUUUUGUGCUAAGCAGGAAUCGCCAACACGCCAGGGUUCCAAUCCAAGAUAAGAGAGGCUGCGUUUGCAAGAAGAGAAGCUGAAAGCACUCACAAAGGCCGCACACUGUUCUCCUUUCCAGCAGUUAAUUUGUAUGUUUGGUGGUCUGGGUGGUGGGAAUGCUAAAAUUGCCUUUUGUGUUCUAGUUUUUUGGCUGUUCCGUAUCAAAUGAUUACAUUUUUCAUUGACCUUUUCCAGGAAGACUGGAUUCAGAAGAGGAAAAACUGUUGGGUUUUCUGCUCUCUGGCUGAGUUCAUAUUAUUAUCAGCUGCUGAAUCUUUGUAUUUCAUUUCUGCAAAUACAAUCAAGAGAGAGAAAGAAAGGAAUGAUGUUGGCCGACUUUAAAAAUAUUACAUCAAUCCUGAUUUAAAUGUUGUAUUUUCCUAUAGUGGAAGAGUUGGCGCAUUUCUGUCUUUCCUCAAGUACCUUGUGUAAUGUUUAUCAGGAGGACUUCACGUGUGUGUCUCUUUAUGCAAUAACCUGAUUAAUGCAGUAGCACCACUACACCACCAUUUGAAGACACAAAUCAUACAAACAGAACAAUUAUCCAUUCAGCAGUACCUAAGAAGCCCCUGUGUAGUCAUGGUAAGGACAAGGGCACAUGGCCACCAUCCCACCAAAGGGGAGGGCACACUUGUCCAGUAAAACAUGAACCGGGUCUUUAUUGUUUAUUUUCCUGAUAAGCCAUUUGCCAUUUCUGAUUCCUAAAGUACUUGCAACGAGUAAGCCUGCAAAGUUAAAAUGUGCAUAUGUAGAGUAUUUGGCAAGAGAUGCCUUGGUCAAUGGAAUAAAGCGGUACUAGGACAAAGGUCCAAAUCGUUAAAGCUAUGGUUUUCCCAGUAAUGAUGUAUGGAAGUGAGAGCUGGACCAUCAAGAAGGCUGAUCGCCGAAGAAUUGAUGCUUUUGAAUUAGGGUGCUGGAGGAGACUCUUGAGAGUCCCAUGGACUGCAAGAAGAUCAAACGUAUCCAUUCUUAAGGAAAUCAGCCCUGAGUGCUCACUGGAAGGACAGAUCGUGAAGCUGAGGCUCCAAUACUUUGGCCACCUCUUGAGAAGAGAAGACUCCCUGGAAAGACCCUGAUGUUGGGAAAGAUGGAGGGCACAAGGAGAAGGGGACAACAGAGGACGAGAUGGUUGGAUAGUGUUCUUGAAGCUACCAGCAUGAGUUUGACCAAACUGCGGGAGGCAGUGGAAGACAGGAGUGCCUGGCAUGCUCUGGUCCAUGGGGUCACGAAGAGGGUCACGACUGAACAACCACAAAGUGUGGAGACCCUACAAAUUUUAAAAGGGCAAGGGAACGACCACCUAAGUGAUAGGUGGAUGAUCCAAAACUAACAGCAGGGUUUUAUGUGGAACACUACUAAACCUUAGGUUACGUAAAUGCAAUCCUGGUAACGACACACACAACAUAACAGCCCGUUUUUGACUAUGUAACUUCUAUUUAAAACACAAUUCAACAUAGAAUAUCACACAAAGUGUAAUUCCAUAGAUCAACACAUCAUGCAAACAGAAUAUAUCAAGAAAAUUAAAGUCCAAUGUAUGGUCAGGAGAUAAAGUCCAUUCGGUUCCUAAACUGGCAUACUGGCAAUAACCACAAUAUGGUAUUCUUAUCUUAUGAUGUUCCACAUAUUGCUGCUUUGAGGAUUCUAACGUUCAUUGUAUGUAAAUAUUGAAUCAGAUGGAAAACGUGAAGGUAUGGCACGGCAACGAUUCUGGGAUAAUACCUUGUUUCGCCCAACCGGGCUUCAUCAGCUGUACAUAUUCUAAAUUAAACAAACAUGAUAUAACAUAAUCCUUAUGCAAACUAAGUAACAUAACAUACUAAUUAAACAAUAAGUUUAUAUACCAUAUUCUUGUAUGACGGAAACAUGGAACAGAAUAAAUUCAGUUAAUCCAAUCAUUGGCCACAAUCACAAUCCUUUUUAGACAGAGAGGCAGUAUAGAUUCUAACACAGGUGGCUACAAUUUCUGUAAAUGUUGAUGAAAAAGACCAUAUUUUCAUGUUUAAAGAAAUUAAUGAUGUACCUUUAAGAAUUAACACAUAAUGACUCGUAGAUGUGAGAUGCUGUAGAAGAUUUUCUUGCAUCUUCACUCGCUACAUGGCCGCUACCACACCGAUGAUGAGAAAACAAGCGGGGGAAAGAUAGUAAACCUUCAUUUUUAGUGCAUGGCGAUGGUAAAAAUGUUACUGAUCACCAAGAAAAUAAGGGGUCUCUAGUGGCACUAAGAAGCUGAAAUAAACACAAGGAGAUAACAAUGGUG